UUCUUCAUUGUUUGGCUUAAACCCUAGUAGCCUCCAUUGAAAGGGUUUAAGCUCUGCUGCUCCAGUUCCUAUAUGUCUUCGACUCCAUUUCCGCCAUCAUUUCGGUCGGAUUGUUAAUAACUGGCAGUUGUUUCUCUGACUCUGUCAGCUCAAUCUUCUUCUUUCUCUGCAAUGGCCGCCUCAGCCUCCAGACUCUCCACCUGCGCAGCAGUGGCAGCAGCCGUUGCCUCCGCUUCCGUGGCCUCUAACCGCGCGUAUGCCGACUCCCUGUUCCGUUUCCCCACCUUUCCCUCUCCCUCUGCUUCUCCUCCUCAGGCCGACGCCCCUUCUGCUUCGACUUCUUCCAAUGACCAACCUCAGCCCAAGGCCGAGGAGCCACGGGGCUCGGGGUUUGAUCCUGAGUCGCUCGAGAGGGGAGCCAAAGCUCUCCGUGAAAUCAACAGCUCGCCCUAUGCGAAACAGGUCUUUGAGGUAAUGAGGAAGCAAGAACAAAAUCGUUUGACCGAGUUGGCUGCAGAGAAGAUUCAUAAUGAGCUAAUUCAGACCCAAAUUGACAUCGACAGACAAAAGAAACUGUGUGAGGAGCAGAGAAACUUAGUUCAGCAGCAAGCGCAGGCGAAAGCUCAAAUGCUUAGAUAUGAAGAUGAGUUAGCAAGAAAGAGAAUGCAGACAGAUCAUGAGGCUCAGCGUCGACACAAUACUGAAUUGGUUCAAAUGCAAGAACAAUCCCAUAUAAGAACAGAGCAACAAAGAAGGGCAACUGAAGAGCAGAUUCAAGCUCAGCAACGCCAAACUGAGAAAGAAAGAGCUGAAAUAGAGCGAGAAACCAUAAGAGUUAAAGCCAUGGCGGAGGCGGAAGGUCGGGCUCAUGAAGCAAAGUUGACAGAGGAUCAUAACAGGAGGAUGCUCAUAGAACGGAUGAAUGGCGAAAGGGAGAAAUGGCUUGCUGCUAUCAAUACGACUUUCAGCCACAUUGAAGGAGGUUUCAGGGUCUUGUUAAGUGACCGGAAUAAAUUAAUCAUGACUGUCGGAGGGGCUACUGCAUUAGCUGCCGGAAUCUAUACGACCAGGGAGGGUGCUCGAGUUAUGUGGGGUUACAUCAACAGAAUAUUGGGCCAGCCAUCGCUAAUCCGCGAAUCAUCGCUAUCCAAGUUUCCAUGGUCUGGGAUGAUUUCAAGACGGAAGAACAAUAUUUUUAAUUACAGCACCGUUGCUGGGUCAAACGUGCCUCCUGAAACUAAAAGUGGUCUUGGGAAUGUUGUUCUUCACCCAUCGUUGCAGAGACGGAUAGAGCAACUUGCUCGAGCUACAGCAAACACAAAAUCUCAUGAGGCACCAUUCCGUAAUAUGCUGUUUUAUGGACCUCCCGGGACCGGGAAAACCAUGGUUGCUAGGGAAAUUGCUCGAAAAUCAGGUUUAGAUUAUGCCAUGAUGACAGGAGGGGAUGUUGCACCUCUAGGUCCACAGGCUGUUACAAAAAUUCAUCAGAUAUUUGAUUGGGCAAAAAAGUCGAAGAGAGGUCUAUUGCUCUUCAUCGAUGAGGCUGAUGCUUUUCUAUGCGAGCGUAACAGCACACACAUGAGUGAAUCCCAAAGAAGUGCUCUGAAUGCGUUGCUCUUUCGAACUGGGGACCAGUCCCGGGACAUCGUCCUCGUCCUUGCAACAAACAGGCCUGGGGAUCUCGACAAGGCUGUAACUGAUCGAAUUGAUGAAGUGAUCGAGUUCCCACUUCCCAGGGAGGAAGAGCGUUUCAAAUUGCUGAAGCUAUACCUGAAUAAGUACAUCUCCCGUGAGGGUAACGAAGAAGAGGAACCUCGGUGGGCUUCCCUAUUCAAGAAACAGCCUGAGAAGAUUAUGUUAAAGGAUGUGUCUGAUGAAGUCAUCCGAGAGGCUGCUAAGAAGACUGAGGGGUUCUCAGGUCGUGAGAUUGCGAAACUAAUGGCGAGUGUCCAAGCGGCUAUUUAUGGGAGCCCGGACUGCGUAUUAGAUUCCCAGCUCUUCAACGAGGUUGUGGAUUAUAAGGUCAGAGAGCAUCAGCAGCGAAUAAAGUUGGCCGCUGAAGGUGGUCAGACCCCAAACCAUUGAUUUCGCGUCUCCUUGGAUUGCCAAAAGGAGAGGGCUUCUCGGUGUUCCUGAUAUAAGUUAGGUAAUCGCCAACUACUAAUCCUUAUGCGAGUUUUGCAUUGGGUAUUGCUCUUUGAUGCGCUCUUUUGAUAUAAAUGGAGGAUUGUAAAUGUAAGAGGAAGCAUGAGGGAGAUUAGACUCGGUCUUGUUAAUUUAAUGAACCCCCUUGUCUUUGCGGAUCACAUGAGGCUUAUAUUCCAGGAAUUCCUUGGUUCGAUGAUGCGCAAGAGGAUGAAAAUACCUAGCUGGAAUUUCAUGAAGCAAGACUAGCUUGAGGAAGAUGAGCUAUGUAGUAACCGUGGCAUUUUUUUGUUCGGCCUUGUUUCUUUGUUCUUUACUUCUUUUCCUUGUCAUUUAUUUAUCUAUUCAUAAUCUUUGUCAUUGGGCAACGAAAUAUGUACUAUAAAUCUGUCACUUGAGGUUAAUUACAUCGUCCCUUUGCCAAA